AAAACUUCUGCGAGAAGUUUUGUAAUUACUAAUCAAUAUAGCCAGAGCCACAGUACUAGUGUUUAAGCUCAUUGGUCGCAUUCCGUUCAUUAUAUCCCAUCGGAGCUUCUUCUCUUCAUCGCUGGCACCGGAAAACCUAAUUCCGGAUGAGAAAAUCAACCAGAAUAUCUUCUAUCGGCCUCGGCCAAGCUUCAGAACUGACCGCUUUCGCCCCAGUAGAACGAUUGCCGGCAGCUCAGGUGAAUAGAGGUAACAGAUUCAGAAAAUCGCGGCAGACUCGGUGGUUGGAGUUGGAGUAAGCGGACCUUACUGAAUGGCGAGGCGGCAGGUGGUGAAGAAUUUCAGCACUAGAUUUUCUCUCACUCCGUUCGCGAAGCGAGUUCAGCUUCUAACGGCGGAGCAAAGAUUGGCCAUAUCGCGAACUGGAUUUGGUAACUUGCUAUCGAUUCCAAACCAUACUCUGAACAAGGUUUUCCUUACGGAGGUGAUGGAGGCUUGGAAUUCCGAUCGGCAAGUUUUUGAGGUUGGUUCUGGCGAAAUCGCCAUUAGUUUGUUGGACGUUGCUCUCAUUUUGGGGAUUCCGGUGGUUGGACACCGUGUGGAGUUGAAGGAAGAGGAAUUGUUUUCUGAUUUUGAAGGGCAAUAUGGGGCUUUACCUGGGAAGAGAAAGGUGGCUAUGGCUACUCUUGAAGCAAGGCUUGAUACCAUUGGGGAUGUUGUGAGUGACGAUUUUGUGAGGAGCUUCUUGCUUUUCACUAUUGGGACUUUCCUUUCUUCCAAUGAUGGGAAAGUAGAUUCAAGGUACUUGUCCUUUCUUGGUAAUUUGGAUGGGGUUUCUUCUUUUGCUUGGGGUGCUGCUGUAGUUGAAGAUUUAUGUCAGUGGCUCGAUAAGAGAAAAGAAAACAGUGUUCAGUAUGUGGGUGGUUGUCUUAUAUUGCUCCAAACAUGGUCCUAUGAGCAUUUUGACAUGGCACGACCACAUUUGCAAAAUCACGAUAGGGCCUUUCCUCGUGUGUGUCGAUGGGAUCAUAGUAAAUCUCACCCAAGGCAACGGAGUACUUCAAGGUUUAAAGAUCUUCAUGAAGACCAGAUAAUUUGGAAACUCCAACCUACUUCUGAAGAGUUACAAAUUAAUAUAAUAAAAGAAGCAAUGGAAAACUAUUCCGCAAGCACGUUAACUAAAGUUUCGGGUGUCGAGGUAGACUCGCAGCUUAGCAUCUCUUGUGGAAUACAUAGAGAGGACGAGGUUAAUUUUGAGAAUCUGGUAGUAGAAGACACUCCCACAAGGUUGAGCACAUGUGAUGAAGGUAAAGAGGAACAAUUCCAAGCUGAAAAACUCAUGGUGGAGGAUUACUUCACAAAUUUGAGCAUGUCUGAGAAAGGUGGUAGAGAGGAUGUAUUGAAAACUAAAGAACUCAUAGUGGUUGAAACUCCCCCUAAGUUGAGAUCUGAUGAUGAUGAUUUAAGGAAGAAAAAUAUCAUGUUAGAAGAGGAAAAUACUGAAUUGAAGAUGAAAAUAAGCCAACUAAUGGAAGAAUUUGAAGUUCUCCAUAGACAGAAUAUAGAAAAUAUCCAAGUCAAAAAGCAGAAUGAUGAGUUGAAGCAAGAGCUGAACAUCUUGAGAGAAGAAAAUAGAAGUUUAAGUAGCUUUGCGGCCCAAAUUGAACUACAUAUUAAGGAUUACCAAACUAGUACAAAUGAGUAAACAUGCUAUCCUUGAAUUUAGGUAGGUAACUGUAUAUAAUAUUAUUUGUGUUAGUAGGUCCUUUUUAAGUGAAACCACGUAGUUCUUGUGAGGUAAUGAGAAUUGUUCAUUUUUAUUUUUGUUGUAUAUUAUGUGAUAGAUAGAUAGCUCAUGUACUCCAAAGUCCGAAUGCAAGGCUUUGGAGUUCAAAGAAUAGGUAACCAUUGAUCCAUUCUUUGACUAAUGAAAUUUAUGAAUUCAUCCUUAUGUUGAUGGAAUA